AUGUGCAACUGCUUCAUUUCAUCCUGUGACUCAGUUAAGGUACAAUCAUUCACAAUUUACCAUUUUGGAGGUGAACCAAUAGUAAAUAUGUCAACGGAACAAAUAAUACAAAAUGACAGUGACUUACCUCCUCCAUACUAUCAAAUAAAUCACGAAUGUAUUCGUCGUUACAAACGUAGAACUCAUUGUGCUUACUUCACAUUAAUUAUAUCAGGCAUUGUAAUGAUGCUAUUCGGUGCCCUUAUUCUCGUGAUUUUGAUACCACAAGAAAUCAAUUUAUAUCGAUGGAAUAUAAAAGGACCAUUAUCAAGAUUUUUUAAUCACGACAAAACUGUUUUACUAAUUAGUAUGGAUGGAUUUCGUCAUGAUUAUAUAGAAUUGACUAAAACUCAUCUGGGCUCUAAUGCAUUACCGAAUUUCGAUCGUCUAAUAUCGGAAGGUGUACGAGCUAUGGAAUCGAUCAAUGUUUAUCCUACAAUUACUCUACCUAACCAUCGUACAUUAAUUACCGGUUUGUAUCCUGAAAAUCAUGGAGUUGUUGGGAAUAGUCUACUAGAUAAGAAAUGGCCAAAUAAAAUUUUCAGUAUAUAUGAUCAGGAAAGCCUAAAUCAUGCUCCGUGGUUAACUGAUUGGCCUGAACCUAUAUGGGUUACAUUGCAAAAAAAUGGUGGCUAUACUGGUUCACUUUUAUGGCCUUUAACUGAUCAGUUUGUUAGCAAUGAUUUACCAUUUCAACGAGUUUCACAAUAUGCUUUACUUAAUGACUAUGAACACCGUUAUGCGUAUGACCAACGAAUCAGAGAUAUACUAUGGUGGUUGAAAAAUCCUAGAUAUCAUUUAAAUUUAAUUCUAGCUUAUUUUGAAGAACCUGAUGAAACUGGUCAUUCAUACGGUCCAAAUAGUAAACAUGUUGCAAAAGUUGUUCAAACCUUAGAUAAAACACUUGGUCAUCUAUUAGACGGUAUCAAAAAACGUGGUCUUUCUGAUAAAGUAGAUAUUAUUCUAACUGCUGAUCAUGGUAUGUCUGAAACAUCAAAUACUCGUCUUAUUCCGUUGGACAAAUAUAUUGAUAAUUCUUUGUACAAUUAUACUCAAUUAUCAACUAUGGGAUUCCUUUAUCCUGCACCUGGGAAAUUUGAAGAAGUGUACAAACGUCUAAAAAAUGCGCAUCCAAAAUUAGAUGUGUAUCGAAGAGAUGAAGUUCCUACCUAUCUGAAUUUCAAUAUAACCAACUCUCGUAUGCCUCCAUUGAUACUUAUUGCUAAGCCAAGUUGGAAAAUUGUAAAGAACACUUCACAUCCUUACGCCAAUGUUUCUGGUGAUCAUGGUUAUGCAACAGAUUUCUCUGAAAUGUAUCCAUUCUUCAUUGCAAGUGGUCCUUCUUUCAAGAUUGCUGAGAGCGUUCCUACUGUCCAUGCUGUAGACGUUUAUCCACUAAUGUGUGCAUUAUUAAAUAUUCAACCAAAUCCAAACAAUGGCAGCCUAGAACGUAUUUCAAACAUACUGAAACCUGAUGUUGCCAAUCGCCUUUUGAAUUUGAAUAGUUGGUCAUAUUUAUGGAAAUGGAUCAUAUUUGAUUUGAGAUUUAUUUUAUUUAUUUCAAUUAUAUGCGUUUCAUUUAUGAUUUUACUGUGUUCAAUUGUAGUUGUGAUGAAUCGUAAAGAAACCAAUGAACCAUUCAUUCGUCUACCUAUUGAUAAUGAUAAAGAGUUUUCAGAUGACAAUACAUGA